GCGCUUCCGAGCGAGCGCACACACACUUCGUCGAAACCCAAAAGAAUAAGGCAAAAAAUAUAAGCUCAACUCCAUUUUACAAAGCUCAGAAGUGUUGAAUUCUCGUUCAUCAUGUCGUCUCUGCCUUUUCCUCACUUGGAACACACGUCCGAGUCCGGGCACGACGGGCCAUUCUACAACCCAUCGUUCGAUACCAGUUCGUUCCAGAUGAAUCCCCUUUCCUCGCACCCACCACGCACCCCACGCGCCUCACACGUAUCAUCUGCAUCUCAUAUACACUCCCACUCCCACUCACAGACUUACGGCAGUGCGAGUGUAUACGACGAGAAAAGUGAUGGAUCACAGCAGACGAUCGAACAGCAGCAGCACGAUGAUGAUGAGGAUGGCUCAGAGCUUAAUGAAGAGGAUGUGAAGGUCCAGGAGGCAGAGAAGAAAGUGCACACGCAUGACGUGUGGCGGGAGAUGCUGGUCACGAGCAAUGGGCGGGAUAAGGCUUUCAAAAUAAUACAGUAUUCAAUACGUGUGUAUCUCGUCUUUCAUACGUCGCUCGUUGCCAGUCGGCUUUUCCGCAAACUUGGAUCCACAAGGCCACCAUGGGAGGUCGAGCUUGUUAGACGACUCGAGAGUGCUCGGGGUGGGCUAUCAUUCACGAGGAAAACACUCAUUCUGUUCAACUGGCUAGCGCCUCUCUCCACCAUAAUGGCACAGCAAUCUGUACCUUUCUCCGCAGAACACCAUGCGGCACUCUCCCAAUCCGCUAUCAUCCCACCCCACCCUCCAAGCAAGCUCGACAAUGCCAAACCUUUCCUUCAAGCACUUCUUAGUGCGCCUCCACCCGUCCUCCUCGAGCUUGUCAACGGGCUGUCAGACGAUAUGUACACGUUCUCUAGGCUCGGGCUUAUUGGAAAACGCGCUGGCGAACGAGCAGCACGAUUUUCAGACUGGUGUUGGUUCCUCGGUACACUAGUGGGUCUUGUCGAAAAUGGCGUAGAACGAAAUAUCGUGGACAAUAUGCAGACCGAAGUGGAGUCACGCAUGUAUAAGGAGUCUAUGGCUGGUGCCACCGCCAAGUCAAAACCUACAGCCUCAAAGCUAGAUGGAAAGGAACUAGCAAGACUACAGAGCAAGAGCUACUGGUUACAGGUAUCUCGUGCGAAGCUGGCUAUGGAUCUUAUCUUCGUUUCCUACGAUAUAUUCAGGAUCCAACGGUUCAGUGGAGUGAUCAAACCAUUCGCGGGACUUGCGGCUGCUAUUCUCAGCUCUGCCAAGCUCUUCGACAAACACAAGACGACGCUGGUGAAAGCACUCAGUAACUGAUCUGUAUCUUCGCUCGUUUCACUCUCGACCUUCGACCUUUGAUAUUUGCCCGCUAGUAGCUCUGCUCGGGCGGUCAUUUAGCCUCACGCUACAUGCCCAUUUGCUGGAUCUUUUAGUUAUUUCCCGUGUCUAGUUCUAGUUAUCUUUUCUCCUUCUAGUUCAAACUCAUCUGAGGCCUUUUGGGUCGAUAUCCUUUGCUGCUCAUGUUUCGUUCUGCUUUGUUAGAAGGCUGUACUUAGUGAUGGCUUCUACAAGUUAUAUGCUAAAAUAUCAUAGACGUCUCG